AUGGUGGCCUCUCUUCACAUUGUCAAUCCGAAUUUGGCCUCCGCUUUCAGUUUGCCUCCCAGGUCAAACACUUUGAGCGUUUCCAUACACGCUUCGGCUUUGUUACAGAUCCUGGAAUCAAGUUACUUCGACCAGAAUAAGAAUGGUCGUAUCAUAGGAACCCUCCUAGGUUCUAGGUCUGAAGAGACAACGGAGGUUCAAGUCAAAGACUCUUUCAUAGUUUCCCACACGGAGGACGGAGACGAGUUUACCAUUGAUUCUUCUCAACGUGAAUUUGUCGCCAUCCACAAGAAGUCUAGCCCAAGAGACUCAGUCGUAGGAUGGUUUUCCAUUAACUCUAAGGUCGACAGCUUUAUCGGACUGGUCCAUGACUUUUUCUCAAAGGGUCCAGAUAGCACACACCCGUACCCUGCCAUAUAUUUGAGUAUCCAGUUAUGUGACGAGAGCGGAUCCUUCGUAGAGCCAGUUUUCAAGGCGUACGUUGCCUCCCCAGUGGGAUGUUAUGGAGCUCUGGCAAGUCACUUAGACCUUGAAAAAGCUGGCUCUUUUGUCUUCUCUGAAGUCCCAACCAAGGUCAUAUACUCUGCUAACGAAAAAAGUCUGCUGGCUCAUUUCAAGAACAACGUUGUGGAACCCAAAGUUCCAAUACCACAAAACGACACAAAUCAACUAAUUUCACAACUCAACAAACUCGACGUUUCCAUUGACCAGUUAAUAGACUACGUUGACAAAGUCAUUUCAGGAUCUCUGGAUAGAAAUGAUGUGAAGAAUGAUGAGAUUGGCCGUUUCCUGUUGACCAACUUAGUUUCCCUUCCAACUUCUCCUUCAAAGGAAGAGCUUUCAUCUUCCAUAAGCUCUCAUAUCCAGGACUCACUGAUGAUCGACUACUUGGCCUCCGCCGUGAAAACUCAAUUAGAUGUUAGCUCCAAAUUAAUGAACCUGGUACAAGAUGAUAAAUAG